AUCAUUAAAAAAAUGGCAUCAGUGAUUUACAUAAUCAAACAAACAUACUUAUAGCAAAAAUAACUAAUUGAAAGAAAUCCUUCGAAACGCUGGUCUCGUUUUGUUUGUGACAACGAAAGCUCUCUCGAAAGUGCGAGUAACAAAAUGCUAAUGCCAAAUACAGUGAUCGAGAUUGUGGUACAACCUCGACAAAAGCUGCUGGAAUGCCACAGGAAGAGCAUGAGAAAGAGAAAAAGAGGGAGAAGACGAGAAAACCCGUUACGCGUUGGAACGCAAUUCCGCUUGAUGAAAGAUAUUCAUCAAGAAUGAUGGAGUGCAGUUUGUGGAUAUUCAUGGUUAUGGUGACCUGUGUGACAGGCGCCUUGUCAGAGUAUUUAAUGGGCGGCCAUAUGGACAACAGUCCACCAAAGUCUUUGCUGGAAGAAAUUGAAUCAUCUCCGAGUUUGGCAAAGACGGCACAGCUGGAUGACCUUGACCUGGAUCUUGAUGCAGAAGAGAGCACCAUUGCCCUCUCAGCGUCAGACGACGAAGAAGCGCCACGUUAUCACCUUCCGUAUCCUUUCGCCUUCAAUGGUGGUAGGCCGUUCUCAUUGGAAAAGGAUCCCAUCACUGGUAAAAUUGACUUUGAGAAGGCACCGCCAGUUAAGGCCCUGAACUUUAGUAAUCGUUAUCAAGAACAUAUGAACGAGAACGACCGGAGCAAUAAUAAGAACUUUUCGAAAGAAAACAGUUCUUACUCAACGAAGAAGAAGGAGAACGACAAGGAGACUGAAGAUGUUAGCCCUAAUGAGAUUAAUCCCUAUUCACCUAAUUUUCACGAUUUUCUUAAUCUUCCAGUUCAUUAUUCAUCUGAUAAGUAUGGCAAGGACAAAUACCCAUUGAUUUCAAGUUCCUAUGCAAAUACAAAAGUUCAGAGUGGAUCAAAUAGCUAUAGUACAUACAAUCAUAAGCCUUAUCACGGAGAAACCGUAAUGUAUUACCCUACCAGGAAACCGUAUUUACCUAAAACAAGUUCCAUUAUGUCUAUAACGACGACAAUGACCUCUAAACCAACGCCAUCUAUUACAACCAGCUCUACUACCACUUCUACAACUUCAAGACCGACAGCUUCAACGUCGACAACUACUACGAGUACUACUACUACUACUACAACUACGAGUCCUCCGCCACUUACCACAGUUUUCACUUCUACGAAGGCACCUAUCGUGACUACUUGGAAGCCUCCAAUCUCCACUCCCAAACGAUAUGUUGAUCGUUUGGAGGAUUAUGAUGAUAUUCUUCCGAUAGAAAAACUUCAAUCUUCAAUGUACGGCAAUAGUCAUCAAGAACCAAAUAACGUAGAGCAACAUAAUCGGGACCCUCAGAUAAAGCCUCCUAUAAAGCAUGAGGAAUACAUUGAUAGUUACGAAGAUUAUGAAAUUGGUGAAGGAGAGGAUGUAAAGGAUUAUGUUUCAAUAAAUACUACGACUAAUGAAAUUGUAAGGACUAGCACAUUGCCUACUACAACAUCAACUGUUUCUAAUAUAACCACAACCAUUGGAGCACUAGAAACUACCACCAUGACAACAACAACAACGAACGCAUCAGUUCCAUCAUCAUCUGUAAUGUAUUCUUCACUGGCAUCCCAGGAAAAUAGUUUUCAAAGUAACUCGUUACCGUUUCAAGCUGUUUCUUCGCGUCCAGUAACAUCCAUGCCUUUGGAUAACGAACAUAGCGUGUCAUCAGCGUUUGAAAAUGAUAAUCGAAGGCAUGGUAUCGCAGAUAAUAUUAUCGUGAAUCAGGGGUAUCGUCCAAACACAGUUAUUAAUCAGAGACCAACUGGAUUAGGAGGGAUUCUGGUAGAGAGCACAAGUAACAUAGUAAUACCACCUGAUCAGGAUACAGUGUCCUUUGUUCUUGGAAAUAGGCAAAACGUUGAAGGUGGGUACUAUUCUUUGGGUACUGCAAUUGGGGAGAAUCCUUAUGGAGGUUCCACUGGAUUUGAUUCCUCUUUCCGGCCUCUAUAUAGUGUUCUACCGGAUAAAAAUGGUUAUGAUCCACAAUCGGACACUCGUGGAACAGUCGGUUUAUCUUCAGUAUCAGUAUUGGAAAAUAAUCCCACUUAUGCGGCUCAAACACGGAGACAGCCUAACCCUACUGGGACUCAAAAGCUGGCUAAUGAAAUAGAACCUCCUAGAACACAAAAUUCAUUUGUAAAAGGCUCUGUACUUUUGGAACAAUCAGAAGAUAAGAAAGAUGAUAAGGAUGUUAACUAUGUAGUAUUCCCCAAGGAUGAGCCUAAACAACCUAUUGAGGAACAUAUCGUUGUCAUAAAUGAAGCUGAUGGUACGGUACAUGAAAUAACACCUUCUUCUACAAAGCUAAAACCUGUAAGAGUAGAUCCUACUGUUUCAAAUGAAGAACAUCUACCACAACUUUCAGAAAAUUUAACUCCACCGGCCGAACGACCAAAGCCAGCUCCACAAUUUUAUUAUCAUUAUCAUCAUGGAGGUACAGUAAGACCAGAUCAUCUUCGACUGCAAAGGUUACCACUACCCUCUCGUGGAAAACAGCCAUCACCCCCACUUACACCACCUCCACCUCCUCCUCCUCCACCUCCUCCUUCAGAAGCCAUAGGAAUAAGGAGACGUCCUUAUUCUCCUGAUUCUACUUUACCAAAUAUUCUACCACAAUUUCGUCCUAAUGCUAAAACAUCACAUGGACAUCGUGGAUCAGAGACGAUUGGAACAAUUACAGCUGGUCAACCUUAUUCCACUAGAGUAAGACAAUCUGUUCAGCCUCAUCCUCCAACUAGAAGACCUUUACCUCCACCUCCAUCUUAUCUUCAGAGAUUAAAUCCUCCUCCUCCUCCAAUCCACGCUGUCAGACUUGCUGGUGCAGCAUCCGCAAAAGCUGAUAAUAUAGUGCCUCCACGAGAUACAGAAUCUACAGUCAAAAGGUUUCGCCUCCCAUCAAUGCCAGCCACAUCCAGAGGAGAAAACGAUGUUAAAUUAGUGCAUCGAUUAUCCAACCAAAAAUUGCGACUCGAAGAAGAAGAACGGUCAGAACGUUACUCAGAGGAACCACCACAAAUGCCACCAAGACCACCCUUGUUUUCCAAGCGAAGAAUAGCAGAUUCGCCACAUGUAGCCACACUUCAGAUGAUUCAACAGCAUGGAGAAUUCGAAGAAGACGUGACAGAACGAAAUUUGUCCUCAAUGAGUGCAAACACAAGUGAUGAAUCAGACAGAAUAGUGACUGAACAAAAUGCUGAUAGAAGGAAGUUUGAUAGCCAUGAAACAAUGGCUGAGCCACCAGUUUACGUAGUAUAUCCUGUAAAUACUGCUGUGAAUAUUCACCCUGAUGAUUCUAGAGAAAAAGACGAGAGCGUAGUAGUUGGAACAAGAGGUCCCCAUCGUCCUCUUCCGCCAGAAACAUUGCUCCAAGACAAUGAGGAUCAAGAAAUAAAUGAAGAAGUAAGACCUUCUGUUCACAAUAUAUUUAAUGGACGACCAGUUGCUUCAGACUUUCCAUAUCCUCUGGAACGUCCUGAUCCUUCCAUCUUUGUCAAUGGAAUGAGGGAAACGCCAUUAUUGGUACCCAGUGAUCAACGACAUGAAGAGGUCUCUGUGCAAGAAAAUACUGAAGAAAAAGAUGAAAAGGACUCUAAUGUAAACGUUAUACCGUAUUUACAAGACUUCGUACCUUUUCCAGCGAGGAAGAAUGAUGUUAUUGCGGCUACACUUCAUCGUUUGCCAGCCUUACCAUCCUCUACUCCAAUCGCUUACGUUUAUACGCCAACAGCACAAGCUUCUCAUCGUCUAGAUGUGGAUGUGCGGGAUGAGGACAGUUCUAAGAUUGACAAAAGUGACCAGAAACCCGUUCUGUUACCCUCUCAGCAACCUUCUAGUUCCUCCAGUUCUGCACCUUCGCCACAGAAUUUCAUGGCACCAUUUGUAGCAAGUAUCAGCGCAGAAGCUCCUUCAAAAAAUGGCUGGAGCGUUGUUGUAGUUGAGCCUACUAUUAAUAGAAAAUCAGAUGAUGAUUUCUCUGAGACUACGUCAAAUGCAGAAGAGACUCAGACGGAGAAAACUGAAUUCGACGCUGAAAAUUUCAAGCCACAACUAUUUGGCGGGUUCAAACCAAUUUACGAAUUUCCAUCGGAAGACGGGAAUCGGUCAGAGCAUCGAGAAUCUAGCGAUGUGGAUACAGAACAUUGCCAUCUUUCGCCAAAGGUAGAAAAAUUGGUAUGAAUUUUUUCAAGUAAUCUUUAUAAUUAGAUAAUUGAAGACACAUUAAUUGAAAUGCUACAUUGAAAUAGAAAUCAAGUACCUCGAAGCUAUAUAUAUCAGUCAUCUGGGACAAUUUGUUGUCUUCAGGAAGAGAGGA